GAACAGUCGAUCACUGCUUCUCUGUUCGUCUAGAGAGAGGGAGAGGAGGCUCAUGGCAGCGGCUUCGAAUGGGAGCGAGUACUUCGAAAUCGACACCGAGAGCGGUCUCUCGAUGCGUUCGACCACAGAAUCGGUGGAGGAAGACGAGGAGGAGCUGCUGUGGGCGGCGAUCGAGCGGCUGCCGUCGCAGAAGCGAACGAACGCGGCGUUGUUGCGGCGGACGCAAUCGGAGUCGGACGGCGGUAGAGAGGAGGCCAGGACCGAGACGAUUGACGUGAGGAAACUCAAUCGUUUCGGUCGCGAACUAGUUGUUAAGAAGGCCUUUGCUACGAGCGAGCAAGAUAACUACAAGCUCCUUUCCGCAAUCAAAGAACGACUCGAUAGAGUGGGAUUGGAAGUACCAAAGGUCGAGGUGAGGUUUCAGAAUCUGAAUGUAAAGGCCGACGUUCAAAUCGGUUCAAGGGCUCUGCCUACUUUGGUGAAUUACACUCGCGACAUUAUUGAGCACGUUCUUACAGGUUUGAAGAUAUUUCAUCCUAAAAGACACUCCAUGACUAUAUUGGAUAACAUCAGCGGCUGUGUGAAACCAGGAAGAAUGACACUACUCUUGGGGCCACCAGGUUCGGGAAAAUCAACGUUGUUAUUGGCUCUUGCAGGGAAAUUGGAUAACACAGUAAAGACAAGUGGGAAUAUUACGUACAAUGGCCAUAUGCUCGAUGAAUUUUGCGUUCAAAGGACAUCUGCUUACAUAAGCCAAACAGAUAAUCAUAUUGCAGAACUAACUGUACGAGAAACAUUGGAUUUUGCUGCUAGAUGUCAAGGUGCAAGUGAAGGCUUUGCAGGUUAUAUGAAGGAGCUUGCCCGUUUAGAGAAGGAAAGAAACAUUCGUCCAAGUCCAGAAAUUGAUGCUUUUAUGAAGGCAUCAUCUGUCAGUGGUAAAAAGCAUAGCGUUUCAACGGAUUAUAUCUUAAAAGUUCUUGGUCUUGAUGUGUGCGCUGACACAAAAGUUGGUAAUGAUAUGCUAAGGGGUGUUUCAGGUGGUCAAAGAAAAAGAGUUACUUCUGGAGAAAUGAUUGUUGGACCAAGGAAAACACUUUUCAUGGAUGAAAUAUCUACUGGACUUGAUAGCUCCACGACGUACCAAAUUGUGAAAUGCAUACGGAAUUUUGUUCACCUAAUGGAGGGAACUGUAUUAAUGGCUCUUCUUCAGCCUGCACCAGAGACUUUUGAUCUGUUUGAUGAUUUGGUGCUGUUAUCAGAAGGACACGUUGUGUAUCACGGCCCUCGAGAAGAAGUGUUAAAAUUUUUUGAGUCACUAGGGUUCCGGUUGCCUCCUCGUAAGGGGGUUGCAGAUUUUCUUCAAGAGGUGACUUCCAUAAAAGAUCAACCGCAGUACUGGGCUGAUCCUUCAAAACCAUAUGUUUUCCUUCCAGUUUCAAGAAUUUCAGAAGCAUUCAAAAAUUCUAAAUAUGGAAGAUCAGUGGAGUCUGUUCUUUCUGAUCCAUUUGAUAAAUCUAAGAGUCAUCCUUUUGCCUUGUUUAAGACGAAUUUUGCUAUAUCAAAAAGGGAGAUUUUUGGGGCAUGCUUUGCAAGAGAACUGCUGUUGAUCAGCAGGCAUCAUUUUCUUUAUAUUUUUAGGACAUGCCAGGUUGCAUUUGUUGGAUUUGUCACAUGCACAAUGUUUUUGAGAACAAGACUACACCCCACAGAUGAGAUAAAUGGCAACCUCUAUCUUUCUUGCCUGUUUUUCGGUUUGGUGCACAUGAUGUUUAAUGGAUUGUCCGAGCUACCUCUUAUGAUAUUUCGACUGCCAGUUUUUUACAAGCAAAGGGAUAAUUUCUUUUAUCCUGCAUGGGCGUGGUCUAUCUCUAGUUGGAUUCUACGUGUUCCCUACUCCGUCAUUGAAUCUGUUGUAUGGUCUUGUGUUGUAUACUACACUGUUGGCUUUGCCCCCAGUUAUGGGAGGUUUUUCCGUUUCAUGCUAUUACUCUUUUCAGUGCACCAAAUGGCCCUGGGACUCUUCCGGAUGAUGGCUGCUAUUGCACGGGAUAUGAUUGUUGCCAAUACAUUUGGAGCUGCUGCGCUGAUAGUUAUAUUCUUGCUUGGUGGAUUUAUCCUUCCGAAAGCAAUGAUUAAGCCAUGGUGGGUAUGGGGUUUUUGGUUGUCCCCACUAUCAUAUGGGCAGCGUGCAAUCUCUGUUAAUGAAUUUUCUGCUACAAGGUGGAUGGAGAAAUCAUCUGUUGGGAACAAUACAGUUGGGUACAACAUUCUCAAUUCGCAUAGUUUACCCAGUAGCGGUUAUUGGUACUGGCUCGGUGUUGGUGUUUUAUUUCUUUAUGCUAUGCUUUUCAAUAACAUGGUGACUUUGGCCUUGGCUUUCCUCAAUCCUAUUAGAAGAGCCCGGACAGUGAUUCCACUGGAUGGCACAGAUGAGAAUUCUGUCGGGAACAGUGUUGGAGGUCAAGGGUCUGAAGAGAACCCAAAAUCUGCUACAGAUCAAAGUAAGAAGGGAAUGAUUCUCCCAUUUCAACCAGUGAUAAUGACAUUCCAUAAUGUCAAUUACUUUGUUGAUCUGCCAAAGGAAAUGAGUUUGAAAGGUAUACCUGAAAAGAAGCUGCAGCUCUUGUCAAAUGUGAGUGGAAUUUUCUCUCCUGGUGUUCUUACGGCAUUAGUUGGCUGUAGUGGAGCUGGAAAGACCACUUUAAUGGAUGUACUUGCUGGUCGGAAAACUCGUGGGUACAUAGAAGGGGAUAUUAGGAUAUCUGGUCACCAGAAAGAGCAAAGCACUUUUGCCAGAAUUUCAGGUUAUGUUGAACAAAAUGAUAUACAUUCUCCUCAAGUAACAGUUGAGGAGUCUCUUCAGUUCUCUUCUUCUCUUCGCCUUUCCAAAGAAGUCAGCAAAGAACAAAAGCAUGAGUUUGUUGAAGAAGUAAUGAGAUUGGUAGAACUUGAUGGUCUAAGGCAUGCUUUAGUUGGUUUGCCUGGUAGUAGUGGCUUAUCAACAGAGCAGAGAAAACGUUUAACUAUUGCAGUUGAGCUUGUUGCAAAUCCGUCCAUUAUUUUUAUGGAUGAACCUACGUCAGGACUUGAUGCACGAGCGGCAGCCAUUGUGAUGCGAACUGUUCGUAAUACUGUUGACACAGGAAGAACAGUUGUUUGUACCAUACAUCAACCAAGUAUUGAUAUAUUUGAAGCCUUUGAUGAGCUGCUUCUAAUGAAACGUGGUGGACGAGUAAUAUAUGGAGGGAAGCUUGGGGAGCACUCACAGAUUAUGAUAAACUAUUUUCAGGUAGGUGGAAUUCCUCCUAUUCGCGAUGGUUACAAUCCAGCAACUUGGGUACUUGAGGUCAGUACACCUGCUGUAGAAGAGAGGAUUGGUGAAGAUUUUGCCAAUCUAUACAGAAAUUCUGAGCUCUACAGGGAAGUUGAGGAUUCCAUUAAGCAGUCGAGUAUUCCUCCUGCUGGUUCAGAGCCAUUGAAGUUUUCAUCCACAUAUGCACAAGACCCGCUUUCUCAGUUCAGAUUCUGUCUUUGGAAGCAAAAUCUUGUAUAUUGGAGAAGCCCUUCGUAUAAUGCUGUGAGGUUGUUUUUUACGACAUUGAGUGCAUUGAUAUUUGGCUCAGUAUUUUGGGAUGUUGGCUCCAGAAGGGAGUCGACUAAAGAUUUGUUUAUGAUUAUGGGAGCUCUUUACUCUGCGUGCUUAUUUCUUGGGGUCAACAAUUCUUCUUCGGUACAACCAAUAAUUUCAAUUGAGAGAACAGUUUUCUACAGAGAGAGAGCAGCUGGAAUGUAUUCUCCAUUUCCUUAUGCAGCAGCUCAGGGUCUUGUGGAGAUCCCUUACAUUGCUUUGCAGACAAUAAUAUAUGGUGUCAUCACAUUCUUCAUGAUUAAUUUCGAAAGGACACUUAGAAAGUUUUUUCUCUACAUAUUGUUCAUGUUCCUCACCUUCAUGUACUUUACCUUUUAUGGCAUGAUGGCUGUGGGUCUCACCCCUACUCAACACUUGGCUGCUGUCAUAUCUUCUGCAUUUUACUCAUUAUGGAAUCUCCUCUCGGGUUUUCUAGUCCCAAAACCGAGUAUCCCUGGAUGGUGGAUCUGGUUUUACUAUAUCUGCCCAGUUGCAUGGACAUUACGUGGUAUCAUUACCUCUCAGCUCGGUGAUGUGGAGACACAGAUUGUUGGACCUGGUUUUGAGGGCUCUGUAAAAGAGUACCUGGAGGCAAGCCUUGGCUAUGAUACAGGGAUGAUUGGAGUUUCAGUGGCAGUUCUCAUUGGCUUUGCCAUAUUCUUCUUUUCCAUCUUUGCUCUCUCUGUAAAAAUGCUCAACUUCCAGAAAAGGUGAAACCGAGGCCUCACAUUUUCAGGAGCACUUUAUAUCAGCAGUGUAAUCUUUUUAUGCUGUUGUCAUCUAACAUCAGGAAGAUGACCAAGUAAAAAUAAUACUGGGUUGGGAUCAAGGGCUCAGUUUCAUUUCAAAGUUUGAGCAUGAGCAAUGUUCCAAAAUGGCUGGCCGGGUUCUCUUUCAGUGGGUGCGUGUCCCUGUCAAAAUUCUUCCAUUACAAAAUCCUUGCUGAGGUUGAGUUCAGAUCACAAAGAUACGAGAAACUGAAAACCAGUGCAACUGAUUUGCUAGUUUUGUUUUUUUGUCUUUUUCUUUUAAAAAGGAAAAUAUGUAAAAAUACAAGGAAAUGUGUGAGCAUAUUGUCUUAGAGGAUACUGUAUCUGACAUGUGGAACUUACUCCCCUUCUGAAGGUUCUGAAAUUUUAAUGCUAUGAAAUUUUGCUCGCCUUCUAA